CGAUGAAGUGUGCGUUAAUAUUUUUAGCACAAAUUUAUUUUUAUUUUUUUGUAUUAAAUACAUUCGGCGAUAUAUUUUUAAAAUUCAAGAUGUCGGACUGUCGGAGUUCGUAUUUCGAAUUAAAUCCGCAUAUGAAUGUACUUAAAAAUUUUAAAAUUCUCCUUUCGAGCGAAAUAUUUGCAAAUGGAUGGCAACUCAACAUAAACAUCUCUUGUACCUGUUAAAAAACCCAAACUCAGUCAAAACCUUAAACCACUUAAAAUCAAUCCACGUCCAUCUCAUCCGAACAAAUCUUCACCAAGACAGCUUCGCCAUGGGAAACUUCAUCACCCAUUGCUCUACAUUGCGCCGCAUGAACUACGCACAGAAGCUGUUUGAUGAAAUGUCUCAUCCAAAUUCUUUCGUUUGGAACACAAUGGUAAGAGGGUUUCAACAGAAUCAAGAGCCGAGAAAUGCCCUUAUACUUUUUGAGAAAAUGAAGAUGAGGGGGGUGAUCGGGGAUAAGUUUACUUACCCGUUUGUUAUACGGGCUUGUAAUGAUUUGUGGGAGCAAUGUAGAGGGAAAUGUGCUCAUGGGGAGGUGUUGAAAGUUGGGCUUGAGUUGGAUGUUUUUGUGGGGACUAGUUUGAUUGAGUUUUAUAGUGGGUUUGAGAGUAUGGAGUAUGCAUAUAGAGUUUUUGAGGAGAUGGUUGUGAAGGAUAUGGUCGCAUGGACGGCGAUUUUGCAUGGGUUUGUGAGUAAAUUCGGUGAUAUAGAGAGAGGGCGGGAGUUGUUUUGUAGAAUGCCGAAUAAGGAUAUGGUUGUUUGGAAUAUAAUGAUAAAUGGGUAUGUGAGAGUUGGGAAUGUUGAGGAUGCAAGAGCGUUAUUUGAGCAAGCACCGUUUAAGGAUUUGUUGAUGUAUAAUACGAUUUUAGGAGGAUAUGUUAGGUCUGGUGAAGUGGAAAAAAUGAUGCAGUUUUUUGAUGAUAUGCCGCAAAAGGAUUUGGUGUCGUGGAACUCGGUUAUUGGUGGGCUUGUACGUAGCAAAAGGUGUAGUGAAGCGAUGAAAUACUUCCAGCAGAUGCAAAUGAUGAAUGUGUCUCCGAAUGACGUGACGUUAAUAAGCAUUCUUAUUGGUUGUGCUCAAGUUGGAGCUUUAGAUGUUGGUAAAUGGGUGCACUCGUAUAUUGAUAGGAAUAAUAUUGGUUUAAACAAUGUGAUUGGGACUGCUUUAGUUGACAUGUACUCAAAGUGUGGUGAAUUGGAGAGUGCCAUAUCUGUUUUCGAAAAGAUGCCAGAGCGUGAUGUUGUUUCAUGGAAUGCAAUGAUGAUGGGUUUUUCAAUGAACAGUCAGAGUAGAAAUACCUUGGAAUUCUUCAGCCGGAUGAAAAAUGAUGAUGUGCAUCCUAAUGAUGCAACUAUUCUUGGGGUUUUGUGUGCUUGUGUGCAUGGAGGACUAGUAGAUGAAGGCCGAAGGUACUUUGCUAGUAUGUCUAAAGAUCUUGGUUUAACACCUAAACUAGAACAUUAUGGUUGCAUGGUUGAUAUCCUUGGUCGGGCUGGUUUGCUAGACGAAGCUUACCGAUUAAUCAGAAGCAUGCCUAUAACACCACAUACUGGGGUCUGGGGCGCUUUGCUUGGUGCAUGUAAGAUUCAUGGAAAUGUAGAACUUGCGGAAUCGGCAAUUGAACAGUUACUCCAGCUUGACGUAGAAGAUGGAGGUUACCUAGCAAUUAUGUCCAAUAUAUAUGCUAAUGCAGGAAGGUGGGAUGAUGUUUCUAAGGUGCGAGAACUAAUGAAAAAGAAAGGGAUUGGUAAGACCCGUGGAUGUAGCUCCAUUGAGGUUGAUGGUGAGAUACAUGAAUUUGGGGUAGAAGAAAAAAUUCACCCUCGGGCCGACGAAAUUAAUAAUAUGUUAGGUGAAAUUUCUCAUCGCUUAAAGUGCGCAGGCCAUUUUGCGAAUCAGAAUGAGGUUCUGUUCGACAUGGAGGAAGAAGAUAAAGAGAAGACACUGAUCUUUCACAGUGAGAAGAUGGCCGUAGCCUUUGGACUCAUCGCCACCAAAAAGGGAACUCUGAUCCGUGUAGUAAAAAAUUUGCGAAUAUGUUCUGAUUGUCAUGCAGCAGUAAAGCUGGUCUCUAGAAUUUUUGAAAGGGAGAUAGUGAUCAGGGAUCGUAGUCGCUUCCAUCACUUUAAGAAUGGAUCCUGCUCUUGUGGAGAUUAUUGGUAGUGGUUGUCGAAUGCACCCUAUCGACAGUAUGACCCUAUGAGGGUGUGACUAACAUGCCUCUCUAUCUGGCAGAAAGAUAGAUUUGUUUUCUUAUUGGUAAAUCUUGUGAUGGUUGCUUGAUUGGAGGUGCUCGAAAUUUUGAGAUGGUUAAAAUGGGUUGCAAGAAGCAUUUUCCUGUCUUCCUGAUAUGAUCAGAAAAUCCCUGAUUGUCAUUUUUCAGUAAUUAGUAUCACCCUUAUUCUUUUUCUUGGUGUAUAUGUACAUAUACUAUUUCUAUGAUCUUCUCAGUAUCCUUUGUUAAUUGUGACAUCAUAUUGCACAUAUCUGACAAAAUAAACAUUCCUUAUUCUUCUA